CUAAAAAGUAGACAGAAACACUGAGUCCCAACUAGUCUGCGAACAAACAUUGACCCCGCAAAUGCGCAAAAUAAGGUUAAAGUUGAACGUCGGAAACAAAACAAUCGCAAUCGUUCUAAUUAACAAGUCCAAGCGUGAUUUUCACUGAGAGCUUCCGUGAAAACGUGCAGCCCCCACACGUACUCUCUGCUCGGUAGUCAGCUCAGCAGCGCGCACAUUGCCUCAGAGUGAGAAUGUCCUUUGAGCAAUGCGGUUCUGCGGGAACGACGCCGACGACGGGGCCGACGGUAUCAGUAAGGACAGCUGGAGCGCUGCAAAGGACAGCGGACAGGCUGUGAUAACUGUGUGAGUGUGUGGGUUUGCUGAGUUGAAUGGGGGAAAAUUCUCAUUCCGCACUGGUGGCGAAAAUUGACGCAUUGAAGCGCCCCUUGCUGUUGGUGCUGCUGGUGGAAAACGGAAAAUGAAAAUUAGGAAAACAUUAGGCGAACAUGAAGCGCGUUUAAAAUAUCACUUUCGAGAGGAUGUUAUUUUUAUCAGUGGCGUGAAAAGCGUUGGAAAAGCGUGAAGAGCGUCACAGGGGGGGGGAGAGAAGUGCAAAAAAGAGGAAAAGCGGAAGGAAAAUCAAUCGCUUAACGAGUCGCCGCCGUUCUGGCCUUUGAAGAGUUUCUGCUUGUGAUGUGAGUUGUAUACAUGAUACCAUUGUAGCCAAAGCAGAAUUGGCAAAUAUAUAUGCCUGUGCGAAACUCUCAUCUCGGCAGGGGCUAGAAGUAGCUGGGAGAAAAAGUAGAAAAAAAAACAAUUUUGCGCAGCACUUUAAACAACCGGAAGAUGAAUGGAGAUCAUUGUUCUGCCCAGCGAUACGUGAUUUGAAUGUCCAGCAGCUCGUCCAGAAUUCGCCCUCGUCAUCGUGCACGUCUCGGAUGCUGGAUGCUAAUCGUAAUCCCGAGAGCAGCAGCCCGAAAACUGUGAGCAAAAGCGUGUCCCGAUCGUUAUCUCGCCCCAAUUCCAGCAAUGUACCAGCAGCAUGAACUCCGCCAACGAAUCCGCCGACUGGGAACCGUUGCUGGAACCGAACGGCAAGGCCCUCCCAAAGAGGCCCGCAACCGGAGGCAUCGCGGGCACGAAUAGGCGCGAUACCAAAUCCCUGUACCAGGAAAAGUGGGGCCGCAUCCGGCUCGGAGUGCUGGUCGUUCUGGCCUUCGUCACGUUCUACCUGUCGCUGUCGACGAUCACGCUGCGGCCGGUGGUGCACCAGAUGGUGGUCAACGUGCCCGAGGACGACGAGGAUCUUCCGGGACCAAGAGGCCUAGCCUCACCUGCCGUAGUAACUGAAUCCAGUACCAACCGAAUCAUUCCCGUUAUUCCACUACACACGACCUCGUCCCUGAACAACCACCACCUGUACAACGAUGACCUAAACCGUGAUACUAACCACAACACCAACCUAACGACAACCGCAGUGCCAAAAGGAUUUCUAGUGUGGGGACCAGGCUGUAAGAUGCUCGAUCUGGAUCCGCUGGCAGACGACGUGAUGCGACUGUUUCGAAAGGAGCGCUUUGAGCCGUGCUCGCCGAAGAAACCACUUACCACGAUCGAGCAGGACUUUGAGAACAACUCGGUCGUCUUGAGGUUCCACCGGGACCAGGCCGAGAAACAUCUGCCGCACUACAUGAAGUUCAUCGAGUGCUGCUACCAGAGCAUCGAACGUUCCGGGGUCAACGAAAAGGCUGAUAAAAACUUUAACUUAAGUGAGUGUAAAUAUUUCUCCCACGACGUCCAACUACCGCCGAACGUUACCAACGGGAUUAUGGUCCGCUGUAAGGGUAGCGUCUCGGAAAAGGCCAAAACGCGCAAGUCGGUGUACACCAACGUGCACGCGUUCAUCCGGAAGAAGCCGGCCGUGCAGGAGCGGCUGGAUCGCUUCCGGCAAAGUUACAAACAACGCCCGCUGAGCGUGCUCAUGAUCGGCAUCGACAGCAUAUCCCGGCUGAACCUGAUCCGAGCGAUGCCGCACACGGCCCAGCAUCUGUACGAUACGGGCUGGUUCGAGCUGAAGGGGUACAACAAGAUCGACGACAACACCUACCCGAACCUGAUGGCGAUCUUGACCGGAUACAACAACACCCUCGCGUACGAUGUGUGCAAUCCGCGUAAAGUUGGCCAGCUGGAAACGUGUCCGUUCCUGUGGAAGUACUUUGCCGACAGUGGCUACGUGACGGCCUAUGCCGAGGACGAGGCCAGCAUCAACACGUUCAAUUAUCACAAGUUUGGUUUCGUUAAGCAACCAACCGACUACUAUUUGAGACCGAUGGCGCUGGCCGCCGAGAAGAAUCUGGUUAAAAAGUUGAAAAACUCUCUUACGUUCUGCCUGGGCUAUCAACACUAUGCGGACUUUAUCUACCAGUACGCGCUGGACUUUGCCACGUUCUACAAGGACGAACCAAACUUUGGGCUGUUCUGGACGAAUACUUUCAGUCACAACGACAUCAGUGAUCCUUCCUCGAUGGACCUGCGCAUGAAGUACUACGUCGAAGAGUUGCAAAGUCGAGGCAUUCUGAACAACAGCAUGGUCAUCUUCUUCAGCGAUCACGGCAUCCGCUUCGGUGCGGUACGAUCGCUGUUGACGGGUUGGUUAGAGGAGCGGUUACCUUUCAUGUUCAUGUGGCUGCCAGACUGGUUCAAAGAAGAACACCCCCAAAUUGUGCAGGCACUGAAAGUCAACCGCAAUCGUCUCACCAACCCGUACGAUCUACACGCAACGCUGAAACACGUGCUCGAGCUAUCCGAACGCAUCGACAACCUGCCAACGCCGCUGAGUUGCCCAAACUGCCAAAGUAUUUUCCAGGAAAUGCCCUGGAAUAGAUCCUGCGAGGAGACGUCCAUCGCACCGCACUGGUGUACCUGUUCCGACUACGAAAAGAUCGACAAAGGAUCGCGACUCGUCCAGGAGGCCGCCGGUUUCGUGAUAGACUCGAUCAACGAAGAUCUGGCGCAAAAUCAGCGCAACCUUACGAAGAAAUUAUGUGCCAAGAUGCAGCUAAAAUCAACCUCGCUGGCCAAGAUCGCCCGGUAUCCGGACGCUGAAACACCCCACAAUGACUACCUGUUGAUCAUAGACGGAAAGCCGGGCAAUGGCAAGUUCGAAUCAACCGUCCGGCACUACACCAAGCUGAACAAGUUUGAAAUCACUGGCUCGAUCAGCCGCCUGAACGAGUACGCAAGCCAGAGCGAGUGCAUGCACGUGGACUACCUGAGAAAGUAUUGCUACUGCUUGCGACGAAAGGGCGGAUAACGGACUACCGAUGGUUAGCUUGAUGUGACAAUAAGGUCUCUACAGUCCAAUGUACCAGCAGAAUCUCGUCCGGAUCGGAACGACGAUGCCAUCUCGAAAGUAAUUCUACACUUCAACUGGUCAGCCAUUUCUAAACUCCAAAAUGUCCUUUCUACUACAAAUUCAAUAGUGACACAUUUCCCUCAGUAUUCAGUAGCUUGUGAUUACCAGUGCCGCGACCUUCAAAUUCCAACGUUCGAAAUAUUAGGUCUCGCUCUUGCGGAAUUCUCAUUUCGAGCAGAAUCGCAUUCUCAUACUAUCAGGACCUACUGUGCUCAUCAAUUACAUCGGUUACCAUGGUUACCAAGCGAGACAGUGAGCA